UGGUAGAGCUGAUGAGAAUAAAUUACAGCCGACAAAUGUAUUCUGAAGUAGUUUCUCGUGUUCAAGCAUUAUUGAAGGCCGAUCCUUGUAAUUUUGAGUACUUAUUGUGGGCAGUAUUUGAUGGAAGGGAACGAAAAGUGAAGAUGAAAAUUGAAUCCAGUGAGGAUAUCUUAGAGUUGAUUGAAGAACAAAAAACUCCCUACAUUUACGUGGAGUUGGAGAAGCGAGUAAAUGUAGGUGUUCCGGGGACGGCGCAACAAAGCUUCACGCAAAUGAUGGCGUCCCAAGGUGUAUUUCCGAGUUCUUUUG